CGCCUCACUUUACACAAGCAUCAAGCAGCGACGGUCAGAGCAGCCGCUCCAUAACUCGCAGCACCGUGAAUACUGUAACUGGUGCAGCAUUCAGCAGCUUCUGGGCACCAUGGAGCAGAAACAAACCAUCAACUUUGGAGCUGGACCUGCCAAACUACCCCAGUCUGUGCUGCUUCAGGCUCAGAAGGAGUUUCUCAGCUACGGCGGCCUCGGGAUCAGCGUUCUCGAGAUGAGCCAUCGAUCAGCAGACUUCAACAAAAUCAUCAACAAGUCAGAGAGUCUGCUUCGAGAGUUGCUAGGCAUCCCGGACAACUACAAGGUGUUGUUCCUGCAGGGCGGCGGCUCCGCACAGUUCAGCGCCGUCCCCCUCAACCUGAUCGGCCUCAAAGAGGACAGAUGCGCCGACUACCUGGUGACCGGCACGUGGUCGGCUAAAGCUGCCAAAGAAGCGGAGAAAUAUGGCAAAGUCAACGUUGUCCACCCGAAGCUGGACAGCUACACGAAAAUUCCCGACCCCAGCAGCUGGACCCUGAACCCCUCGGCGUCCUACGUGUACUACUGCUGCAACGAGACGGUCCACGGCGUGGAGUACAACUUCACGCCCGAAACCAACGGGGUGGUCCUCGUCAGCGACAUGUCCUCCAACUUCCUGUCGCGGCCCGUAGAUGUAUCAAAGUUUGGGCUCAUUUUCGCCGGCGCCCAGAAGAACGUGGGUUGCGCGGGGGUUACGGUGGUCAUCGUGCGAGAGGACCUGUUGGGCCACGCCCUGAAGGAGUGCCCCAUUGUGCUGGACUACAAGGUGCAGGCUGAAAUGAACUCCCUCUACAACACUCCUCCGUGUUUUAGCAUCUACAUUAUGGGUCUGGUUCUGGAGUGGAUCAAGAAUAAUGGGGGCAGCGCUGCCAUGGAAACGCUCAACAAGCAGAAAUCCUCCAUGAUUUACGACAUCAUCAACUCCUCGAACGGUUUUUAUGUGUGUCCUGUGGACGCUGCGUGUCGGAGCCGCAUGAAUGUGCCUUUUCGCGUGGGGAAGAAAGAGGGAGACGACGCCUUGGAGAAGAAAUUUCUGGAGGGUGCAUCCAAGCGGGGGAUGAUUUCCUUGAAAGGACACAGGUCAGUGGGAGGGAUGCGGGCCUCCCUGUACAACGCUGUAACUCUGGAGGACACCGCGGCCCUCGCAGACUACAUGAGAGGCUUCCUCAAAGAGCACCAGUUGACCAACUGCUCUUAAAAACACGAGCUUUCAAAGUACAUAUUGAAAACAAAACGGUUAUUAAUUGUUCCUAAGGGAGUAAACCCACUAAUGCCAAAUGAGUCUUAUUUCAAUGUAUCUUUUCUGUAGACGUAUUUAAUUAUUUUUGUUGACUAAUACUGUUUUACUUAAGUAAUUCCUGGUACUUACAUUUUAAUAAAUCUCAUUUUGAAAUCCCUUUCA